AGCCGAGGCUGAUGCACAACGACUUGAGUAUGGAACGCCGUUUGGGUCUUUGCGUGUCAAAAAGAUACACGUAAAAUAACACUAUUUGACUUGUGUCAAAAAAGCUUCUUGACCAAUCGCCCUGAAUAUGACUCCACAUCACAUAAUUUAACACGUUCAUUAUUUUUUUACGGUGUUCUUACACAUUGAUUACACUCACUCGUAAUUCAUAUGUUACAUCGAUUCACCGAUAGGUAUGCUAUGAGUCAUAGAUUUUUGUCACUGAUGAUCUACAUUUGCAUAAAGUUUGUUUGGACUCCGCCCAAUUCUCAGGUACUGAUGACAGACGUUCACUCACCUUCUGUUCUUCCGAGGUAAAAUAAGCUGUCCAAAUGGAGUUCCAUAGAGUUGUCACCUUUUCAUUUGGUACUGUGCUACAAAUAGAACAAGGGGCAGGCAGUGUUGGUCACAUUUCUUGAAAAUGCCUACAAAUGGGUCGAUUUGGUUGGAUGAAAGUUCAGAAAAGGAAGUGACUGCUUUAAAUCUUUGUACAUGUACAUGUAACUAACCUAUCAUGGGAUGUUCUACUGGUCUCUGAACGUCUACCCCAGGAAAUGUAGCCUUGUCUGUCAAUGAAGAUGAACAAAUACCACUAUUGGGAGACAAUUUGCACAGCCUUUUCCCCUCCUAUUUUCUAAUCUCCCACAGAAAUCAAUACACAAACAUGAUGGAUUACAACUCUUCUUGUCAUGGUGACAAGUUCCAAGUGCAGUUAUUGCCUUCAAUGUACGGUGUUGAGUUCUGCGUGGCGUUGGUUGGUAACCUGUUUGCCCUGAGACUCUUGGCGACCAGGGAGAGGAACAACUGGCACACUGGUGUGGUGCUGUCCUGUAACCUGGCCAUCAGUGACCUGCUCUAUGUCCUCACCCUGCCCCUGCUCAUAGUCUACUACAUGCAGGACAAGAACUGGCUGUUUGGGGUGGCGGUCUGUAAGAUAGAACGCUUCCUCUUCACCUGCAACCUGUAUGUCAGUAUCUACUUCAUCAUGUGUAUCAGUGUGAACCGCUAUGUGGCCAUUGUGUACCCCUUCUUCAGCCGGAACCAUGUGAACCCAGCCAAAGCCAAGGCUGCCAGUGUCGUCAUCUGGAUCUUUGUGACAGCCAUCUCCUCUCCUGUGCUGAAGUUUGCCUCCACAUGUCCAGAGGGAACCAACAAAACCCGUUGUGUAUCCUACUCCUAUUGCACCAACAGUGAUGCAGUUGCAGUUGCAUACACUCACUUGUUUUACAAAGUAUUUCUGUCUGUGGCUGGGUGUUUUAUUCCCUUCCUGGUCACAUUUGCAUCAUAUUGCGCAGUGUUGAGGGCGGUGUGGAGGAAUGUGAAUAUCACCUCCCUGGAGAAACGGAAGGUGGCCCUGAUGGUGUUUGCAGUGGUUGUGAUGUAUGCCAUUUCCUUUGUGCCUUAUCACCUCCUCCAGAGCUACUAUUUCUACCAGAAGGUUGACGAACUUGGCUCUGUCUGCGACUGGGUGUACAAGGCCUACCAGGUGUCCAAGGGACUGGCUACACUGAACAUGUGCAUCCAUCCACUGCUCUACAUGGCUGUGUUUGAUAACAUCCGAGUCGCCUGCUGUGGAAGAAGCUCAGCAGAUAUGGCAAUGAAUAAUACAUGAACAAAAUGAUGCUCUCUCUGCUCUUUGGAUGCUUGCACUAAUGGUGUUUCUGAUAAGCAAGUGUUACACACAGUUGAUGACUUAUCUGUAAAUAACUGUAGCUAUAUGCACUUCCUUCCAAUGUUCUGAUGUAAGAUGUUUUUGAGGGUAAUGUUUCUUUUCAUGAUGUCUAAACUAUGCCCUCUUCUAUAUUCAUUAUUACAGUAUCAGAUAAUAGCAAUUGAACAUAUUCAAAAUAACUAUUUGAAAUGUAGCUGCAUUACAACAUAAUAACUUAGAGUUUUCACAUGAUGAGAAAUACAUGAACACCAAAAGCACUGGAUAAAAAGUUAUUAUAACAACCAUUGUGUGCCCUAUGAGACAGUGGAUGGAAGAACGCGCUUGAUUGAAAAAGAAAAUAGUCGCGGUAGCUAUUGAUAAAGAAAACCAUCAGGAGGAAGCUGCUGCUUUACAAGUGGGAUGCACUGUUGAUCGCUACAUCACGAUGGGUUGUGAUGAUUGAACAGAGAUUGUGACAGCCAUACAAAUACUGCAUAACAAACAAAGUUAAGGAAGUGCACUUCAACAUUUUGCAUAAGAUAUACCUAUGAAGUUCUAUGAUUUUGACAUUUGUGGCUAUUGAUGAUAUCUGCGUUUUCUGUGAAAAAGAAGGUGAGAAUCUGUCUCGCUUGUUCUUUGAAUGUAAAUUUGUGUCAGAAUUUUGGGAAAACCUUGCAAAGUACUUAUUUACCAUUAUGAACACUGCCUAUAAUUUUAACAUAAAAGAUAUAUGUUACUAUUGCAAUGAUAACAAAACCACUGAAAUGAUUGUUAAUUUUUUAAAUUCUUGUUGCCAAAUACUUCUAUUCCAAAAUUACCAAUUUUUCUGAU